GCUUCACACCGCGGUGGGGGAGGAACGCGGACAGGAGGAAAGUAAAGCAAAGAGAGAGAGAGAGAGAGAGAGAAAUCACUCCGGGAUGCGAACGUGAGAGUUUUUCGCUUUCUCAGUCUCUCCGAACACGGAAAAGAAAAAGAGUUUGGGUUUCUUUCUUUCUCUCUCUCCUUUUUUAAUCUGUUCUGUAGUUUGGAUACUUUGAAGAGGAUUUACGAUCAAAGAAGCGGUAAAAGUUUUUUUUCUUCUUUUCUCUCCCUCCUCGCCUCCUCGCGCGGAGAGCAAACCGCGUCCUGAACAGAGAGAAAAAGAAAAGAAGAGAAAAGAAAAAGAAAGGAGGAGGAAAGAAAGAAAGAAAGAAGCACGGGUGGAAUUCUCAGCAGUGGAAAGGUGGAAGCUGACGGUGCGACUCCUGGUCGGAAAUCUUAUCCCAGUCUCUAAAUCCAAACUCGUACACGCUUGGAUUUGGAUUUGUCUCUCUCAGCUUCAGCGCUUCUGCUGUGCCAAGUGAGCGAGAAACACAACACACUUGUGUUGUGUUGUUUUGCUACCUUUUUUAAAAACAACAACAACAACAACAACAAAAAACUAGAGAACAAAAGGUAAUACGGAAAUAAGUAACUUUUUCUUCAACUAUCUUCUACAACACCGGAGAAGUUGUUUACCUCAGAGGGAAAGACCUGAUGUCCUAGCUGAGUGUAUGGAGAGCUGCGCCAGGCAACGAGCUCUGCUGUAGAGGAGCAUGAUGAAGAGCACAAUGAAGGUCAUGCUGCUGCUGUUCUCGGUUCUUCUAACCCAGCCUCUGCAGGGCCACACCAGGCCGGCCAGCCCAGAGCAAGUUGCCCUGUUAGAAACCGCCGUAUACACCUUGUAUGAGGGCGAUAAACUGGAGCUGAAGUGUAGGAGUAAAGAAGAGCCUCAGGAGGUGAGUUGGACCAAGGACCAAGUUUCCCUCACUGACGGGGAACACACUCAUCUACGCAACGGUCAGCUGGAGAUCGAGGGAGUGGAACUAGCCGACUCGGGCCUUUAUGGCUGCUUCGCCCGAGGCCCUGCAGGCAACCACACAGAGUAUUUUAACAUCAAUGUCACAUAUGCCCUGGCUUCAUCUGAAGAUGAUGACGACGAUGAGUCUUCUUCAGAGGAAACGAAGCAGUCCAGCAGCCAGAAGUUACUCUCUAACAGCCAAGAGCUAUCGCCAACGGCUCCAGAGUGGGCUCAGCCUGAUAAGAUGGAGAAGAAGCUCCACGCGGUUCCAGCCAGCAGAACCGUCAGAUUCCGCUGCUCAGCCAUCGGAAACCCGACACCCACGCUCAAGUGGCUGAAGAACGGCAAGGAGUUUAAGAAAGACCAGCGCAUAGGAGGCUUCAAGGUGCGAGAAAGUUUGUGGGCGAUCAUAAUGGACUCAGUGGUGCCCUCAGACAAAGGCAACUACACCUGUGUGGUGGAAAAUAAGUACGGCAGCAUCAACCACACCUAUCAGCUGGACGUAGUUGAGCGUUCACCUCACAGGCCCAUUCUCCAAGCCGGCCUGCCUGCUAAUCGCACAGCAGUGGUGGGCAGCGAUGUGGAGUUUGAGUGCAAAGUCUUCAGUGACCCUCAGCCACACAUCCAGUGGCUCAAACACAUCGAGGUCAACGGCAGCAAAGUGGGAGAAGAUGGUCUGCCCUACGUCAAAAUCUUAAAGCACUCUGGGGUCAACAGCUCGGACACGCAGGUUCUGACGCUGUACAACGUGACGGAGGAGGAGAGUGGGGAGUAUAUUUGUAAAGUGUCCAAUUAUAUAGGCCAAGCCAACCAGUCAGCAUGGCUCACCGUCACUAAACACGCCUCCACAGCCUUGCCCCCAACCCCGCUGCCCAACCAGACCUACCUGGAGGUGCUGAUCUACUGCGUGGGAUUCUUCCUCAUCUGCGUGAUGAUCGUGAUCGCUGUGCUGGUCAAGAUGCACAGCUCAGCCAAGAAGAGCGACUUCAACAGCCAGAUGGCCGUGCACAAGCUGGCCAAGAGCAUUCCACUGCGCAGACAGGUAACAGUGUCUGUGGACUCGAGCUCGUCCAUGCACUCUGGGGUGAUGCUGGUCAGACCGUCACGUCUCUCCUCAAGUGGCUCCCCCAUGCUGUCUGGAGUGUCGGAGUAUGAACUGCCUCAAGACCCACGCUGGGAGCUGCCCCGAGACAAGCUGGUUCUGGGGAAGCCUCUGGGUGAAGGUUGCUUCGGCCAAGUGGUUAUGGGAGAGGUUCUGGGAAUGGACAAAGACAAACCCAACCGUGUUACCAAAGUGGCUGUCAAGAUGCUCAAAUCUGAUGCCACAGAGAAGGACCUGUCAGAUCUUAUCUCUGAAAUGGAGAUGAUGAAAAUAAUUGGCAAACACAAAAACAUAAUCAACCUGCUGGGAGCCUGCACACAGGAUGGUCCUCUUUACGUCAUUGUGGAGUAUGCCUCGAAAGGGAACUUGCGUGAGUACCUGAGGGCCCGUCGGCCUCCUGGUAUGGAAUACUGCUACAACCCAGACCAGGUACCUGUUGAGACAGUGUCCAUCAAAGACCUGGUGUCCUGCGCCUACCAGGUGGCACGCGGCAUGGAGUACUUGGCAUCCAAAAAGUGUAUCCAUAGAGACCUGGCAGCACGUAAUGUUCUCGUGACUGAGGACAACGUGAUGAAGAUAGCAGACUUUGGCUUGGCCAGAGACAUCCACCAUAUUGAUUACUACAAGAAAACCACCAAUGGCCGAUUGCCGGUAAAGUGGAUGGCUCCAGAGGCACUGUUUGACCGAAUCUACACCCACCAGAGCGAUGUGUGGUCUUUUGGUGUGCUGCUCUGGGAGAUCUUUACUCUGGGUGGGUCUCCAUAUCCCGGUGUCCCUGUCGAGGAGCUGUUCAAACUGCUGAAAGAGGGCCACCGCAUGGACCGCCCCUCCACAUGCACCCACGAACUGUAUAUGAUGAUGAGGGACUGCUGGCAUGCUGCGCCAUCUCAGAGACCUACCUUCAAACAGCUUGUGGAAGACCUGGAUCGCACUCUCUCAAUGACGUCGAAUCAGGAAUAUCUGGACCUGUCAGUCAGUCUGGACCAGUACUCUCCCAGUUUUCCAGACACGCGCAGCUCCACCUGUUCCUCCGGCGAAGACUCUGUGUUUUCCCACGAGCCCAGCGUUGACGAACCCUGCCUGCCUAAAUUUCCCCCAAAUCCUAACCGCGUAGUGGCGUUCAAAAAGCGCUGAGCACCCUUCACCUGCUGUAGCGCGCUUCUACGCUGGACUUCAUUCGUGGACUGUAGAAGAGAAUGCUUAAAGAUAAUGCACACUAUAUAGUGGAAGAGGAUGGUUUAGGACGUGGCUCAUGUUAAGAUUUUAAAGCAUUGACUAAUCAUUUACAGACCCAUUCUAUAGGGCACUUGGGACAAAUCUGAGCAUCUAAAUGGAUAGACUCUUUUUUUUUUUUCUUUUUUUUUCUUGUGGAGCCAUCUCCCUCAUCUGGACUUAAAAAGAAGCCAAAAGAAGUGGAAUUGGGACAUAAAUGCUGAAUGUUACACACAUUGGAUAUUUUUCAUUUCAAAUGAACAAGGAUGUUUCUCCACCACCCUGACUCACACGGAGACAGAAUUCCUUCAGAAAGCGUACUUCAUUUACAGGACUGUCAAAAAGUAUUCUAACAAAUGGAUUGUUACAAUAGUAAAGUCAUUUGGUUCGAAUGACUUUCUUGUAAAUACAGUUAGAAAUUUAUAAAUAUGAAUAUAUAUAUUUACGCUCUACUUUUAUCUUUAUUACAUUAAUUGAUUUUGUGGCUUUUUUGUAUCUGGAUGUCCAGUGGUUCAUUUAGGGGCAUUUCUGGAAAAGGGACAGAGCAUUUGUCCACAUAAAAAUAUGCUAAUAUUCUAUGAAUUGAUAGCAGGCCAGUUUUUUUUUUUACUGAUUUUUUUUUUUUUUUUUUUUUUUUUGGUUCUUGUUGUUGUUGUAUACUCUUAAUGGUGGUAAGCUAAUGUAGCUCGGGGCCGCUGCUAGCUUUUCAAUGGCAUUCACUACAUCCUCAAGAUUAGUUAAGCUACGUAAUUGUAGGCUAUUUUAGUAGAAAUCAUUCCCAUGUGUUAACGGUUGCUUCUGUAUUAAAAAGUAGCCUCAGAAUGGUACUUUUUAAUGGUCUUGAGGUUUACUUAAAAAAAAAAACAACACACACACACACCCAAAAAUUUGCGACUUAAGAUGUGCCUUGGGAACUUGUUUCGACUUCCAUGUAAUGGAUUGACUGUGUAUAAAAGCAAAAGCCGCCAUUCCCGUCUUGAAGGAGAAGGAAUUGCGGAUCACUUAUGUCACUGUAAAAGCAUUAUGUUAAAUAAAAAGCUAUUGAAAAAGGAA